GAGGAUUUCGCAAACCGAUCAACCGCUCACCCACCCGCAACUCUUUCCCUCCACUCGUGCGGUCGUGCCACCGGCCGCGCUCCAUGCCUCCGCCGCCGCCGCAGGCGCCGGCGUUCCACCUCCACCUCCGCCUCUCCCUCCACCCACCCCACCAUAUCUCCUCCCACAACUGCCCCUCCCGCUUCCCCUCCGCCACUACGUCCCGCCCCUACGCCGCUCGCCCCCUCUCGCUCCCCCUCCGCCGCAGUGGCCUCCUCCCCCUUUGCGCCGCGCAUGGCGAGGCCGAGGCCGCGGGGAAGGGGGCGGAUGGGUCCAAGGAGGAGCUGCGGCGUCUGCUGGAGCUGCUCCCGGUUGAGCUUCGCCGGCGUGUGGAAACCCACCCGGAGCUCCCGGCGCUAGUGGAGGUGGUCAUGGACCUCGGCCGGCCCCCGCUCGCGCGCUUCCCCUCCGGCGACUUCCUCCUCUCCCACCGCCCCAUAUCCUUCGACGACCUCCGCCACGCCACCUCCCAGGUUGGGGACUUCGGAGCGGACAACCGUGCCGGAAUCAGCCGGACACUGCACCGGAUCAGCGCGAUUCGGAACAGGAAAGGUGUCAUCAUAGGCCUCACUUGCCGUGUUGGGCGGGCAGUGCCUGGAAGUGCUAAUUUGCUUCAGGAUUUGGUUGAGGAUGGUGGGUCAUUGCUGCUCAUCGGCCCACCGGGGGUAGGGAAGACUACUGUCAUAAGAGAAAUUGCCCGCAUUCUAGCUGAUGAUUAUAAGAAACGAGUGAUGAUUGUUGACACAUCUAAUGAGAUUGGAGGGGAUGGUGAUAUUCCUCACCCAGGAAUAGGCAAUGCUCGUAGGUUGCAAGUGCCAAACCAAGACAUGCAGCAUAAGGUAUUGAUAGAAGCUGUGGAAAACCAUAUGCCCCAGGCAAUCGUUAUUGAUGAAAUUGGAACUAAACUAGAUGCUAUGGCUGCUAGCACCAUUGCACAGAGGGGCAUACAGCUUGUUGCGACUGCCCAUGGCGUAACAAUAGAGAACCUGAUCAUGAAUCCAUCACUAGAGAUGCUUGUAGGAGGAAUACAGAGUGUCACACUUGGUGAUGAAGAAGCUAACCGGAGAGGGGUUCAGAAAACUGUCCUAGAGCGCAAGGGCCCGUCAACAUUUACGUGUGCCGCAGAGAUUGUCUCCAAAACUGAAUUAUGUGUCCAUCGUAGCUUGGAAGCCACAGUAGAUGCGCUACUUGCAGGAAAGCUGCCUAAUGUUGAAAUUCGUAAGUUGGGUUCAAAGGGAUUGGUGCAGGAAGUUUAUGUGCAAAAGGAACAGUUGCAUCCUGCUCUUUAUGAAAAGACAGUUCAAUUUGAUGGUUAUUCUCUAAGGAAGGCCAGAACAAGCUUGGACUCUGCAUUUAAGCUUGAUUCUGCAGAAGGACAUAUAGAGAGGUCAAAUGAAGCUGACGCUAGCUUGAAUAUAUACGCUUAUGGGAUCUCCGAGUCGACUGCCUUGCAAGCCAUUAAACAACUGGAGUUGGAGGACAUUGUUACUUUAACUUAUAAUAUCAGUGAAGCUGAUGCAGUGAUUGCAUUACAAUCAAAACUCAAGAAGAACUCUCAGAUUCAGGCUGCAAUUGAAUCUCAAGAUAUACCAGUUUUCUUCAUUAAGAUAAACUCCUUGGUGCAAAUCACUAGGGCACUUCGUGCCCUUGUUGAUGAUCACAUGGAUGAGUUGAUAGAUUUUGAAGAUAAGGAAGAAGUACGAUCGUCAGAGGAAACUGAUGCUCUGGAGGAAGCAAGAUUGGCAAUUGAGCAAGUAGUGAUCCCAAAAGGGGAGAGUGUGCAGCUGCUGCCCAGGCCAUCAAGUAUUAUUUCCUCCCAAGUGGAUCUCAUCGAAAGUUUCAGUCUCAAGUGGGAAGUUGUAGGCCAGGAGCCUAACGCACACGCGAGGAUUCUUCCACACUUAACGGUGAAAGAAGUUACCGCUGUUGAGCAAGAACCCGCAACCGAGCUUACAGAUUCAGACACCUCUGAUGAGACGGAUAAUACCAAGAAUGUUGUCACCAGGCUACCUUUCCUCCCCGAGUAGCAUCUUUUUAGUUCUUUGGCUGCGUCGUUGUACCUAGCUGUAUAUUCCUCUUUGCAGCACUUCUCUAUCAUUGAUACCCUGGUAACUUUCAUCAGAAAGCUACUUUGUUUACAUACGGCGAUAGUGCUGCUCUACGCACAGUCGCAUACAGAUCUGUAACAACUCAGAACCUGCCAACGUUCAGACCAUUUUACAGCAUUCUGAGCUGGUGUUGGUGGUAUCAUAGGCUCAUAGCCAUGCGUAUUAUUUCCUACUACA